AUGAGGAAGCCUUCUGUCCAGCAGCCUUGGAAAGCCCACGUUCCGACCGUGUCGGAGAUUGAAGGGCCUGUUGCUGUUGGCUUGAUUGAUGUCAAGGUGGUGCUGGUAGUACUAGUAGUAGUUGAGGAAGCCCUUGAGAUUGUGGAGCUGCUGGUGGUAGAAGUACUGGAGCUAGUUGUGGUCGUGGAACUGGCUCGUGAUGUCGUGCUAGAGGUGGACGAUGUAGAUGAGGUGGAUGAGCUUGUAGUCGAAGACGUCGUUGAGGAAGAUACACCGGAAGUCGAACGAGAUGUAGCGGUUGCAGAAAUGGCGCUAGAUAUGGAUGAUACACCAGCUGGACCUCCCGCAACCAAGGAGCUCAAUGAAGAGACAGCCGAGGCACCCGAUGAUAUCGUAAGAGACGAGGGGCGACUGACGAUGGAAGACGUCGUCACUGAGAAUAGCGCACUAAGAGAAGAGGCGCUUGAAACACUCGAGAUUGACGAAGUCGUGCUUGUUGUCGUAGUAGUGGAGACACGCGAGCUUGUUGAAGAGAGUGUGGCGAAGGUCAUCCAUGUUGUUGAAGAAGUACUUGAGCUUGCACUAGAAGUUGUCGUCGACGAAGUAGAGGUUGUAGACCUAGAAGAAGAGCUGGUGCUACUGCUACUGGCAGUCGAAGAAGCACUCGUUGCUGCGCCGCUCGUGGAAGAGCUGAAAACCGAGCUGCUCGAGCCUCCAGAGACCGAGAGACUUGUUGCAAUACUUGUUGAGCCUGAGAUCCCAGAAGAGGAUGUCGCUACAAAGCUGGAGGCGGAAGAGGAUGCGCUGUUGAGGCCACCGGCGAAAUUGCCAAACACGCUCAGUGAGGUGCUGAAAGAGCUCGUGGAGCUUGUGGAUAUACUGCUUGAGAAUGGAGCUGAGAUCGAGCUGCUGACUGAGCCUGUACUAGUAGAAGCACCGUUCGAGGUUGAGCUGGACAGCCUACUAGAAGAAGAGCUUCCACUUGGUGAGGCCAAGGAAGAUGGGAGGGAGGCGCUUGAAGAGCUAGACGUAGCUCCAAUGCUGGUCGAUGCAACUGAACCAGAGCUCGACACGGAGAGAGCAGCACUUGAAGAGGCAGCGAUCGAGGAGCCUACGCCACUAGCUGAUGAAAAAGCUCCCAUUGAUGUGGGUAAUGAACUACUGUAA